CAAUGGGCUGCGCCCUGGUUACACCUCCACCAUCAUCUCCUGCACGAACGGCUACUGGGGGUUCAGAUCCUGGAACCAAUUGGGAGGGAAGGAUCAGCUGGAGCCCAGGACUAACCCUUCCCAGUAUCAGGCUCCGCUGUGGCCACAGCACCAGUAGGGCGGCCAAUAGAAACUUUGAGUUGUUCUGAGCAGCAGAUCCGAGUGCCAGCCUUGUGGCCGAGGGGAGAGAACGAUGGUGAAACUGUGGGUGCUGCUCCUGCUGGGGACCCUCUCUGAGUCUGUCACGUUCCCAGAACAAGAGAAGGACCCAAAGUACUGGCGGCGCCAGGCCCAAGACACACUGAGGGAUGCGCUGCUGCUGCUGCAGAACCUCAACACCAACGUGGCAAAGAACGUCAUCAUGUUCCUGGGUGAUGGUAUGGGGGUGCCCACAGUAACAGCCACGCGGAUUCUCAAAGGGCAAAUGGCCGGGCAGCCCGGGGAAGAGACACAGCUUGAAAUGGACAAGUUUCCCCACGUGGCUCUCUCCAAGACCUACAACACCAACGCACAGGUGCCAGACAGCGCGGGCACUGCCACUGCCUAUCUAUGUGGGGUGAAAGCCAACGAGGGCACAGUGGGAGUCAAUGCAGCCGCAGUGCGGGGCCAGUGUAACACCACCCGGGGCAACGAGGUGGACUCCAUCCUGAAAUGGGCCAAGCAAGCAGGGAAAUCCGUAGGGGUAGUAACCACAACGCGGAUUAAUCAUGCCACCCCCAGCGCCGCCUAUGCCCACUGCGUGAACAGAGACUGGUACUCGGACCUGGAGAUGCCCAAGGAGGCGGUGGAACAGGGCUGUAAGGACAUCGCCUGGCAACUCAUGCACAAUGUCCCGAAUAUUGAGGUAAUUAUGGGAGGGGGCAGGAAGUACAUGUACCCCAGAAACACCUCGGACGUGGAGUACCCCAAUGAUGACAAGGCGAGCGGCACUCGAUUGGACGGACUAAACCUGACCCAAAUCUGGCUGGACCAAAAACCCAAUAAACAGGCGGCCCGAUAUGUCUGGAACCGGCAACAGCUACUGUCUGUCAAUCCGCAGGAAGUGGAUCAUCUGCUUGGACUCUUUGAGCCAAUAGACAUGCUGUAUGAGUUGGAGAGAAAUACGACCAUGGACCCAUCUUUGCCUGAAAUGGUGGAAAUGGCAAUCAAAAUAUUGAGGAAAAACCCAGAGGGAUUUUUCCUCCUUGUAGAAGGGGGAAGAAUAGACCACGGACACCACGAGGGGAAGGCAAACCAAGCGCUGCACGAGGCGGUACAGAUGGACAUCGCUAUUGGGCUGGCGGGGAGCAUGACAUCCGAAGAGGACACCCUAACAGUGGUCACCGCCGACCACUCCCACGUCUUCACCUUCGGGGGUUACACCCACCGGGGAACCUCCAUCUUUGGUUUGGCUCCGGCUGUGAGCGACGUGGACCAGAAGCCCUUCACCUCCAUCCUGUAUGGGAACGGCCCGGGCUACAAACUGGUGAAUGGGCAACGGGAGAACGUCUCCACUGUGGAUUUCUCCCACCCCAACUACCUGGCCCAGUCGGCGGUGCCGCUCCGUAUGGAAACCCACGGUGGGGAGGACGUGGCGGUGUUUGCCAAGGGCCCAAUGGCGCACCUCCUGCACGGGGUCCAUGAACAGAACUAUAUCCCCCACGUCAUGGCCUACGCGGCCUGUAUUGGGCAGAACCAGGACCACUGCACGUCUGGCAAAGAGAGUUACGGCGCCAGAACCUCCCUAACGCUGGUGUCGGCCCUACUGCCCCUCCUCUCCCUCCAGCUCUUCUACUAAUGGGGCAGAACCCAGUGUAAAUGAACUACCUCUGCUUUACUGCCCCGGCCCUGACGGAGAAUGGACUCAUCCUAGAA